UGAGGCGUGAGAUUAUUCUGUGGACGUUGCUGCGUUUAAGGGAUUUUGUACUUUCUGUUCAUUCUUUGGUGUGGAAUAAUCAUUCUUGAAAUAUUUUUUUCUGAUAUGAUUGUUUGUAAAUUUAAAAGGCAACGGUUCUUUAACCGUGGAAUUAAGACUGGCUCUACUGUCAAGCGGUUGACCACAAUACGAAAGCAGGGACAGGAACCUGCGCCGUUUUUUCCUUUAACGGGAAAACCAAAACUAUUAUAGUUGGAUUUUCAAUUCGCACAUUUAUCGUAACCAGGUUGUAAAGUAAUCCGGAAAUCAAGAUACAUUAGCUAAAUCAUGACUGAAACAUAACGAAGCAUCGUUUUAAUAGCAAGAAAAGAAAAUGUGAACCCCAAGCUGGAGUAAACUGGAUAAUAAUGACGGGUUCUCCGGCUUCAACAGGCUCGUAGCGAACUCUGAAGAAAACUUUACUCGAUUUUUCUCGUUGCCUUGUCGUAUCCCUUUUUUGGAUCCAGCAGUACGACAUUACUUGAUCUGCCAUAAAGAAAUUGAGCAGUUAUGGGGGAAUGCGGGGAGGACGUAAAUGCUAAUCUUAUAUCCCAUUCAACGGGAGACCACCAACUGGACAAAGCAAUCUGGCAGUGGAUGACUUGGGAUAAGAAUCCAAACACAAGGGCCCAGAUCGAAAGCCUGGUGAAGGACGGCAAAGUUAAGGAGCUUCGUGAAAGACUAUGCCACAGAAUGACCUUUGGGACUGCAGGCUUGCGCUCAGCCAUGGGGGCUGGUUUCUCCCUUAUCAAUGAUCUGACAAUCAUCCAGUCUACACAGGGUAUCUAUCGCUACUUGGAAAGAUGCUUUCCUGACCUGAAAAAGAGGAGCUUUGUGAUAGGAUAUGAUACACGUGGACAUGCCUCCACCAACUGCAGUAGUGAAAGGCUUGCAAAACUUACUGCUGCAGUGUUUCUCAGUAAAAAAGUUCCAGUCUACCUGUUCUCUUCUUAUGUGCCUACGCCAUUUGUGCCCUAUGCCGUGAAGAAACUCAGGGCUAUUGGUGGUGUAAUGAUCACUGCAUCCCAUAAUCCUAAAGAGGAUAAUGGGUACAAGGUAUACUGGGAAAAUGGAGCUCAAAUAACAGCCCCUCAUGACAAAGAAAUUCUAAAAUAUAUAGAAGAAAAUGUGGAACCAUGGAGUGAAUCAUGGCAUGAAAGUUUACCAGAUUACUGUAGUCUGGCAAAAGAUCCAUUUGAUGACAUCUGCAAAAGCUACAUGGAAGAUUUAAAGAAAAUUUGCUUUCAUAGAGAUCUGAACACAGUUACAAAAUUGAAAUUUGUACACACUGCUUUUCAUGGAGUUGGGCACAAUUAUGUGCAGCAGGCGUUCAGAGCUUUUGGAUUUCCUUUUCCAAUUCCAGUUCCAGAGCAGAAGGAUCCAGACCCUGAGUUCUCUACAGUCAAGUGCCCCAAUCCUGAGGAAGGUGAAUGUGUUUUGGGCCUUUCACUUAGAUUAGCUGAGGAAGAGGGAGCUCGGGUAGUACUGGCAACCGACCCUGAUGCUGAUCGCCUGGCAGUGGCAGAGCAGCUGGAGAAUGGGACCUGGAAAGUUUUUACUGGAAAUGAACUGGCAGCUCUGCUUGGCUGGUGGAUGCUACUGUGUUGGAGAGAAGCAAAUGCAGAAAAAAAAAAUAUCAAGAAGGUUUACAUGUUGGCAACCACAGUCUCUUCAAAGAUUUUGCAUACAAUGGCUCAGAAAGAAGGCUUUCAGUUUGAGGAAACUUUACCAGGUUUUAAGUGGAUAGGAAAUCGUAUCAUACAGCUGUUAGACAAUGGGAUGGAAAUUCUGUUUGCAUUUGAGGAAUCCAUAGGUUUCAUGUGUGGAACGUCCGUCUUGGACAAAGAUGGUGUGAGUGCUGCAGUUGUGGUGGCUGAAAUGGCAACAUAUUUAGAAACCAAAAACCUCACACUUAACCAGCAGCUUGAACAAGUAUAUACAACCUAUGGAUUCCACAUUACCAAAACAUCUUACUUGAUUUGCUAUGACCAAGCAAUCAUCAAAAAUAUAUUUGAACGUAUUCGUAAACUUGGUGAUGACCAGGGAUAUCCAAAGUUCUGUGGUAAACAUAACAUUGUAAAUAUUCGGGAUGUGACAACAGGAUAUGACAGCAGUCAGCAAGAUAAAAAAUCUGUUCUUCCUGUAACCAAAAAUAGUCAGAUGAUCACCUUUACUUUCCAGAAUGGAUGUGUUGCAACUUUGAGAACAAGUGGCACAGAGCCUAAGAUUAAGUAUUAUGCAGAAUUCUGUGCUCUGCCUGGACAAAGGGACUUCACACUUCUGAACAAAGAAUUGCAGAAUCUAAUUGAUGUCCUAGUUGAAUACUUUCUGGAGCCAGAUAAGAACAGAUUGAAGAGACGUUCACUUUAAGGGUGCUAAAUGUAUAUUGUUGUGUAGAAAUAAUAAAUCUAGUUGUACAAUCUAUAUAACCUGUACCAGCAUUCCAGGUCAUGAAACAGUAGAACAAGUAUGCCAGGAAAAUCUGCUUCAUUCAGUCUUGUUAGGAGUUUUGCCCAAGUAUAUAUUUUUCCGCAUAAAAGAUGGUCUUUUCCAUUGAUUGAGAUUUUCAUUUCCUAGUGUUAGAGUUCAGAUUAUAAAUAUCAAUAUUUCAUAGUCAAAAUGUAAUUUCUUGUUAACUUAACAAGCUUAAAAUUUCCUUAGGACAAUAUCUUUGGAAAGCAUGCUUUGAAUUUUUUAGUUUAAACUAGUAUUCAUAUUAUAGAUGGCUGUAAUGAAUAAAUUUAGAGCAUAAAUAAUUUGUGUUCCUUUAUACAGUGUAUUUUAAAUAGAAUAAUAUUUGAACAAAGUAUAAUUUGAGGAAACAUAAAAUGAGCUUGAUUUUCAGUAAAGCAGCAAGUGUUUUUUCUGUGUAUAAAGUGCACAGCAAGACUAUCAAAUUACCACUAUUUAAAAUAUUAAUAUUUAUAAUGUAAUAAGGUUUUCUUUGUUUACUGACAAAUUUGUCAGCUUUAACUCUGUGCCUUCAGAAAAAUUGAAUUUACUUAUUCUAAGGCAUUUCCUUAUGUAGGAGAUAGAUAAUUUAACCAAAAACUCUGUCAUUCCAAAUAUUAAGUAAUCUGUGAAUACAUUUUUGAAAAAUGUGGAUAAUAUUAUAAAAAUUAGUUUAGAAUAUAGUUUCAUGGGUUCUCCAGUGCAUUACUGAUAGCUGUUAAUCAAGAACUGCAAUAAAUUAAGCAUUUUUUCAUGACUUAGUGUCAGUAAAAAUCAGUAAAAUCCACCUGUACAUCUUGGUAAGCAGAAAAUGGAGCUGCAGUUAUUUAUCUAUUUAAUUGUGAUAUAUUUUCUGUUGUAUUCAGAUUUUUUAGUUUUACCUUCAUAGUUUAAUUAGGUUUUUAUUAAACAGUGUAUAUGUUAAGUAAUUUACUCUUAGAGUAUCCAUACUUUUAACAUGAGCUAUUAAAAUAAAGAUGAGGUUAAAUUACCUAAUUUAAAAAAAAAAAAAAAGGUUUAGGUGAUGAAAGGUUCUAGCAGAGAAAGAUUUCAUUAUAAACCUUGUCCCAUAAUGACAUUUUUAAAACAUUUGUGUUGCAUUUUCAGCAAUUUAUAAUGUAGCAAGUUUUUGUUAUAUGCAUUUAUAACUUUAAGAAGGGGGGAGACAGUCUUACAAGCUUGAAUGUAAAUCAGGUGUUACUAUUGUUCAUGAAGAGUGGUCUUGUAUUUGUGCAAAAAGAGUUACUGAAAGGUCUUAAAGGAAUAUCUUUUCUCAAGGAUCUUUGCUAGUGUGUUGCUGUUUAUACAAUGGCAUUUUGCAAUUGAGAAAUUCAAAUCUACUUGAAUUGUAUAAAUGAGAAGGAAGUGUUUAUUUUUUUAUUGCUGUGUUGGCAUUUCUGAUAGAGCUUACGUCGUCUUACCACUGUGACCUAAUCUGGCGUUAAUGCUCCAGAUUUAUUAAAAGUUUUUUCUUUAACAUAUAAGUUGAUGAUGAUGAUCUGUGUUAAUACUUCUAUUUGCACUCGUGGUUCUUCUAGGAAGCACUGAUGAUGUUUACUUCAAACAGAAUUUUCUCUGCUGAGCUACAAAUUCAUGUUGUUCUCCUAUAGUCUAAGGCAUAUUAACAACAAUAUUCUCUUACAGUCACUUCUGAUAAAAUGUUAAGUCUGUUCUACACUCAGAAGAGUUGCACACAUAAAUAACAGUUUUGUGAGGAAGAACAAUUACUGAAAUAAUUGUAUAUUGCCUACUGUGAGUCAAGAAAUAAAUAAGGUUAGUAAGGUUAGUGGCCAUUAAAUAGAUAUUUUCUUUAAUACUGGCAUCUUGCAAUAUUUUUUUUUUCUUUUUAGUAAAUUUUAAUUUUGACAUUUAAUGUGUCUUAUAGGUUACUUUUAAUAGAAUAAAAAAGGAUACUAUGCCCCAGUCUUUCACAUGGUGCAUGUAUUUGACGUAGACAUUGCCUUUUGAUUUCUGGUUCAAUAGUAUAAUUUUGGUUUGUCCAUGCAUUGAUGUAUGCAUACUACCUUGUUAAUAGAGAGCUGGUCUGUUUGCAGUUAAAUGGUUUAUUGAGACAUAUAGGACACUUAAUUUAAUUUUUUUUAUUAUUAAUAUAUAUUUUUGCACUAUAUUGAGUAAAAUACAGAACAGAUAAAGAGAAUACAAAUUGAUCUGCAAAGCACACAAACAUUUAAGAGUGAUAAGCUAUUUUUAUAUGUGUAUUUUUUUAUUUACUGAAUUUAGAAGUAAAAUCCCCACAAAAACUGUUCUUUAAUACAUCCUGUGUUUAGACUGCUGUGAUGUUGUUGUUGUGUUAUUUUUAAGUACAUACCAAAUGGUCAUAUUGAUUGUAAAAAGCCAUACAUUUACAGUGCAUUAUACCUCUUGUAGUCUUUAAUAAUUUUUUUUUUUUUAAUUUUGGAUCAGCUAUAAGUUGGUGUCAGUUUACUGGACUUGUUGAUUGAUUGAUACAAAGCCCUGUAUCCAAAGCCAUGAUGUGUUGGGGUUUUUUUCUUCUUUAUUAUGCCUUCAGAAUAUUUUCAUUGUUCAAAUAAUUUGUCAAAAUGGAUGUAAAGAUAAUUCAAUAAAGUUUAUUAAUGAAUUAAAAUGAAAUGUAAAACAUAGAGGGAAGUCAGUACUACUUUAUAGCUUUCAAACAAUAUGAGGAUUGUAUCUAUAGUUAUUAGCAUAUUGCAGCUGUUAAAUGCCUGACAGUAUUGAAAUUAACAGCAUCAUAACUAGUAGGUUACAAUAAUCGUGUCAAACCAGGAUGAAAAUUGAUAUCACAUGUCUGAGUUGUAUUCAUAAUUGAGUACAAGUUAAUGGCUAAUAGGCACAUGUCAUUUCAACAAUAUGGAGUGUCUUGCUAAUUUCAGUAUGUUCAUAGCUUUGACUCUUAUUUAUUCAAUCGGCCGAUAUAAACGAGUAAUUUAGAAAUAUUUUUUCUGUGACAUUUUAAGAAGAUGAAUAGUUUUUUUUUGUUUUUUUCUCUCUCUCUCUCUCAGAAUACUGGAAGCACUUCCAGUAUCAAGAACAUGUGUGUCAUUUCUUAGAACUCACUAGUUGAGUGUUCACUACCAGCAUUUACUUUUGUGUUUUAGGCUUUGUUGUCUUGAUAGUUUUAAGACUUCUAAAUAAAUACAUAAAUGUUGUAAGGCUUGUUUAGUUUACAUUAAGAAAUAUUAAUUUUUAAAUAGUAGUAUUGCUCAAUAUACAAAAUCUUCUAGGCUUAAAAUUUAUAAAUCAUUGUGUUAAAGUAACUCUCGGUGAAAACAAUAGAAAAACCCAUGAUAAAUAUGAAAAAUGAAUAUCCAAAUGCUAUUUAAACAUCAUACUAUUGGCUUACGUGAUCAUCACUCGUAAAUGCUGCUAAGAAAUUUCAUAUAUUUAAAAAAAAAAAAAAUCAACAGCUGCUAUGUUUUGCACUUUGUGAUGCUUAAUUAAGCACAAUUCCACACAAAGAGGCUGAUUUUUGCUUUAAAAUUACCACUUUGAUAAUGUAAAGAUUGUCUGUUACGUCUUAUUAUAAAAGUUCUUUGUUGUGCAGUUUUGUUGUACAAAAGAAUAAAAUUAAUUAUAUGAUUGAAUUUCAUUUAAGUUUUAGGUGCAGUGUCUUUGUGUUUUUAUUAUUUUUAUGUAGACAAAGGCAUUUUUUUCUUUUUGAGGAGGAAAUUGUUCUGAUUUUUAAUUUUGGAACUCAUACCCUAAUAUAGUGUUUAAGUUUUAUUUUAUUUUAUUUUUUUAAUUACAACCUAAUCUUGCCCUUAGUGUCUUUGACACCCGGUUCCUGACUACCGACAGAUUAGGUGCUCCCCUUUGGAGAAGUGCUGUCAUCAGUCUCAACAGUUAACAGUUUGGGGGGGAUAAAACCUCUUUUUUAAGAAUUACGGCCGACAGUGAUAGUGCAGCAAUGUCGAUUGCUUAAACUGACUGUGAUGACCCAUUGCAAGACACUUAGCAAACCAUAUGUGACCCUUUCCCAUUAAAUACAACAGUGAGUCAUGACCCAUUGCAACCUAAAAUUGGUGGCUAUCCUUAAGAAACUAAACCCUGAUAUAUACCAAUUUAUUCAGCUGCCUUUAUUGUGCAGUAAAUUUUGUUCAUUGGCAUUCUUUUGUCUUUCACCCAGAAAACUCUUUGCCUGGACUUAUUUUGCACUUUUCAGGUAUUAAGUGGCCUAGAUAAUAUUUCUCUUCUGCCGAAUUAACAAUGCUUUAAUAUUCAUGUCUGCAAAAGCUUUAUAUCCCUAUUUAUAUUUGCCAAUUUAAAUGGCUAAAAUUUAGAAGGGAAAAAAGUUGAAAACUGUGAUGUAAGGGAAAAUAUAUAGGUAUGCGUUUUACAUUUUCCCAAGAUGCUGUAAGAAGAUUCUACCAGCUGUUUACAUUGCCUAUUUAUAAUUCAUUCAAUAAUAAGCAAGUUUCAAUAUUAAACCAGACUUGCAAUUUUAUAUGUUGUACGAAAGGCACAUAAACUUUCAUAAAUGUAUAUUGUCCAUUUAUUUGAAGACAAAGUAGUUUUCCUAAAAAUAAUAUGAUAUUACAAGGGAAAAGAAACCUAAUGAUUGGUUUUAUUGAUUAUUUUUCUGUUCCAUCUCCAGCUGGUUGUCUUUGUGUGUAUAACUUUACAGAAAUACAUUUUCAGGGAGAAAGGAAUCCAAAGAUAUCUUGUUAAACUUACUGAACUCCGCAUUAUUUAUAGGCCUAUCCUAAAAUGAUGAGACCUGGCUGGAUGUCUUUUGGUUAUUUUUAAGAUGUACUGAGUAUCUUCUGUUUUCCCUAAUUAGAUACUGUAUCUACCAAAAGCAAGAAUUUUAGGGAGAAUUGAUACAUUAGAAUCCUAAAGUAAAUGUGUACAAAUAAAUUGUUACCUAUUAUUUCACAUUUUUCUGAAACUCUAAUUUGAAGUGUUCCAGGAAUUCCAUUGUUUAAGCUUUUAGUGGUGCAGUCUUAUUUAAAAUUAAAGCAAGUGUAAUUGACUGAGAGUUAUUAUUGAAAUGUGCACUUUUCUCAGUUUCUUUUUUUUUGUAUGUGCUUGCAUUUGUGAAAUAAAGUUUGUUUUGUUCAUGAA